CAUGGCAGCUUGCUUAAUACAUACGGGAAACGUUGGUGCUGAUGCAGAUGCUCUAAAGUUACCUGUUUUGGACUUGUGACCACCUUUUGAUACAACAUCGAGCUUCAACGAGAUCAACCGCUAUGGAUCCAGCAAUUAGACGGAGACUCCCUCCGUCUGUGAGAAGUCUCCUCACAGACAUCGGUCCAAAGGAGGAGUGGACAGAUACUGAGCCCGACACUGUGUCCAGAGAUGGAGUUAUGCUUCCCUCCAGAGGAGCUGCUUCUGGACAAGAGGAGUUUCUCACGCCAGCUAAGACACAAGACGAAGAGGCUACAGAGGAUGGCAGUAACACCAGAAGAAGUGUAGUCUGCAUGUUGUGUAAAAGCAAGCCCUCUUGUUACACCUGCCCUCGGUGUAACCUGCAGUACUGUGGCUUGGCUUGCUACCAGAGCCCAGAUCACUCCGUGUGCUCGGAGGAGUUUUACAAGGAGUCUGUUCUCCAGGAACUGAAGGAUAUGGGGAAAACUGAAAGUGAUGGGAGAAAUAAAAUGCAGGAGAUUCUUGUGGGGCUGAGACAAAAAGCAGAGAGGACAGAUGGCGGGAUGGAAAGUUUGUUAAAGGACGCUGGUGUUGUGUCAGAUGACACAAACGAAGGGGAAGGAGCAGAGAAAGUGCAGGUCGUGGAGCUGCUGUCCAGGUUAGCAGAGCUUCAACAGGCUGGAGAGGAGAGUGAAACAGAGGCAGAGGCUAUUUUGAGGAAACUUCAAGAGAUCGGAGAAGGGGAGUUACUGCAUGGAGACAUAGAUGAGGAUGCGGAUGGUGCAGAAGAGGAGCUGGACUUAACUGAUCGGCUCUCAGGGAUAGAUAUUGACAAACUUUCAGAGGAGGAGCUGUGGGAAGUUCUCAACAGUAAAGAGAAAGAGGCGUUUAUUGGUCUGAUGAAAGGUGGAGCUCUUGGCGGGCUGGUUCCCCUGUGGAAGCCAUGGUGGGAGGAGCAUGAAGAGGGAGGCACAGCACUGGUGGAGGUCCUUGAGGAGGAAGUGAGCAAACUAGAGAGUGAAAAAUCUACAAAUAUGGAUGAUAAUAAAGUCAAGGCAUCACAAGAAGUGGUUAAAAAUCAGAGCAAAUCAGCUAUGAAGCUGAAAAAAAAUAAAGGAGGAAGCGGAAAGGAAACAAGCAAGGGAAGUUUAAAUGUUCCUGGCGUCCCUCUGAUUUCUGCAAAAAUCCCAAAGUUGAGUUCCUUAUGUGCAAAACCAUCUCCUCUUGUAUGCUACAGUUUGGUUAAUGCACUUUUUGCCUACACGUUCACCCUGUGCCUGUUUAAUAACGACACUGAUUCACUGAUGUUUGAGCUCUGUGACAUGAUUCUUGCUCUGUCUGAGGCCCUGAGCUCAAACAGGGUGUUCACCUCUGUCCAAGAGGCUGUAGACUGUGGACAAACUCUCGUUUUGGGUGGAGGCUACCUCGACAAGGAGGAUCCCCUCGCCCCGGCCAGGGCGGUGGAAGCCGUGGCUCACAUCACGACAGGCAGAGACAGAAAGGAUGCUACGGGAUACUGCCUGGCAGCGCUGAGUCAGCUUCGCUCUGUGUUCUCCCAGGCCAAAACAUCCCUGUCCAAAGACGGAGAGGAAGGAGCAAGGAGACAGAAAUACUUCCUGGCAAGCAAGAAGUGUGAAUUCUUUCAAGCCUGGGUGUUGGACAAUGAACAUGGGAUUCGUAAACUAGCUAUUGAGUUGUGGAGCGAGCAUAGUAAAAGAGAGAGCGUGAGGAGCAGCAUGGAGAAAGCAAAGACUGAAGUUGAAAAGAGCUUGAAGAAAGGAAAGAGCGAAGGGUAUAGCAAACUAAUUGAAGAAUUGAACUAAUGAUUAUAAUGUUUUUAAAAGUUUAUGAUGUAAUAAAAAUAUAUGAAAAACUAAAUUAUCUUCUCUCAUUGCAAAGUGUAUACCUUUCAAAGGUCAUUACUGGUGUGCGUGUCACAUACUGUUGACCUUUGUGUUCAGGAUGAUGUAAAUAAAGAAUGAUACUGUCACCACUUUGCAUUAAGCCACCACGAAAUAUAAGCAGAAAGUUAUUUUAUUUAACGAGUUCUUGCAUUAAACAUUGUAAGUAAAGUUUAAAAGUUUGAUAAUCACAAACAGAGUAUAACAUUAUGAUAUACCAGAAUAAUACAUUCAUUAACUGACCAAAUGCAAUGUAGUAUUUGUUCAUAUAGGUAUUU